AUGGAUCAGUCACUCGCUCAUCUCACUGAGGGCACAGCUAAGAUCAUGGUCUCUUGUCUGCUCCUCUUCAGCAUCUGGACUUUCGUGUCAGGCUCCGUGCAGGUGAUGCACAGAAAGGUCCAGUCGGUCCGGGCAGGAGAAAACAUUACAUUUUCAUGCCAGUUGGUCACAAGAAAAGAUGUGCUACAGGUGACCUGGCAGAAGGAGACCGACGGGGCUGAAGACAACAUGGCGACUUACAGUACGAUGAAUGGCCAAAAGAUAGCAAAGGGCUAUGUUGGCCACGUGAGUUUUGCCCGCAGUGAGUUACAAGCCUCAGCCAUCUCUCUUCAUGGAGUCACCCUCCAAGAUGAAGGAUGCUACAAGUGCAUAUUCAACACGUUCCCCUCGGGAGCUGUCACUGGCAGGAUGUGUCUCCAGGUUUAUGACAUCUUGGACCCCAAAGUGGAGGCUCAGCUAAUACCCAGUCCAGACAAUCCUGAGACCUCUGAGAAAGUGAUAAGGAUGAGUUGCUCAGCAACAGGGAAACCAGCUCCAAAAAUCACCUGGCUCCUUCCCGGCAUCCUGCAGGAGAAACCAAGGGAGUACCACAUCAGUGGCAACCAGACCGUGACUGUCAUCAGCAAUUUCACCCACACCCACUCCAAAAUCCUCCAGGAGUAUCCCAUCUCCUGUGUGAUCCAACACCCCUCUCUAAACAUGACCCUGGUCCUGCCUGUGGACACUGUGGUGCCAGGUCCAGACAGCAGUGUGGCACCACCCAUUGCCAUUGCAGUGGGGGUCCUGGUCCCCCUGACUUCACUUCUCUUUCUUGCCUGCCUCCUCCACCACUGCCUCAGGCACCUACGGGACCCGGAGAGAAACCCAGCCCGGCCAUGCUGGUUCCUACCUGAUGUCCAUGAAAUUUUUGUGUAG